UUAUAUUGCAAUAUUGCAAUUGAAUCUAGAAACACAAAAUUUUUCAAAGACAAUGUUCUAUUUUAACAAGUUUUCGCUUUUGUUACUUCUUUAUUCUCCAUUACUAUCGACAAGUAAUCCAUGCACAGUUACACAGUUUUCUCAAGUAGCUCAAGCAGUAAAUGACUGUACCAAUUUAAUUAUUUCUAAUUUAGUAGUACCUGGAGGCCAAACUCUUAAGUUACAUUUAAGACAUGGAGCCACUGUGACUUUUGAAGGAACUACCGUCUUUGAAGUAGCCCAUUGGGAAGGUCCUCUUAUCGAGUUUACUGGGGAAAAGGUAUUAGUGCAAGGUGCAUCAGGUAGCAUUUUAAACGCUCAAGGUGAAAAAUAUUGGGAUGGACAUGGCGGUUCGGGCGGUGUUACUAAACCAAGAUUUGUGCAAAUAUCAACCACUGGAGGGUCUGUCUUUAAAAACAUUCAUUUAAAGAAUUGUGCCCUGUUUUGUGUUGGAAUACGAGCCAAUGAUUUAACAAUCAGCGGCUGGACUAUUGAUAGUCACGAGGGAAGAAAAAAAGGUCGAAACACAGACGGUUUCGGUAUAGCAGCUGGUAACAAUAUCCACAUAGAAAACUCUUCAGUAGAUAACCAAGAUGAUUGCAUUGUUGUAAAUGGUGGAACGAACAUGGUUUUCAACGGUAUUAAAUGCGCAGGAAGCCAUGGUCUUAGCUUUUCAGCAGGUAGCAAUACUGAUGAUCACGCAACAUAUGCAACCAUAAACAAUAUUACUUUUUCGAACUGUGAAUUGAAAGAUGGCGCCAUUGGUAUCCAUAUUAAGACAAAAAGAGGAACUGGACUCAUAACUAAUGUUAUAUAUGAUCAUAUAAUAAUGACAGGAAUGCAGAAAGACGGAAUUUACAUAAACCAGGAUUAUGGAGAUGAAGGCAAUACCCACCGCGAUUUUCAAAUUACCAACCUCAAAGUCUCUAACGUCGAAGGUUCUAUACAUGGAAAAGGUGCUAGAGGUGUUCACAUCGUGUGUAAUGACAACAAAUGCGCAAAUUGGCAGUGGUCCAAUAUUAAAAUUUCUGGAGGCGCCAAAGAUUAUUGUAAUUUUCACCCUACUGGAUUUAACUGUUAAAUAAAAAAUAAAUGCAAAUUAUAC